AUGUCUCGUCACAUCGUGUACCAAGGUGUCACACGCUCGCAUGAUGCCAACGACGACGAUCUGACCUUAUUUGCUGGGCAGAAGCUCUGGUUCUCUCAUGUCAUCCCACAGCGCAGAUGGCUGAUCGAGAACGCGCGGCGCAAUGGCGCAGUCAUUGUGGACAGAGACACCGAGGCCGACGUGAGACUUGUCGACCACGCGAAGAAGAACAAUGCCCCCGGAACACAUUCCUACAAGUACGUCGAAUCGUCCAUCCGCGACGGCAGACUGGAGGACCUAGCGAGCCAUGCAAUCGGCGCACCCACACGAGUCGCGAGACCUAUCGGCAGUAGUGUGACAUCAUCCAAGGGAGGGAGGACUCCUUUCACACCCGCAGAUGAUCAGUUCCUCUGGAACUGGUUGAAGCCGUUUGUGGAUCGCGGUGGCUCUUGGAAAGGCAAUGAGAUCUACAAGCAGCUGGAAGAAGUGAACCCAAGACAUACCUUUCAGAGUUGGCGCGACAGAUGGAUCAAACAUACACAGUAUCAGAAGAGACAAGUCACCGAGGCCAUCGAACCCAAGCCUCGUGAACCAGAGGGAUCAGCCGCAGAGCUGUCGAGGCCUGUCCCACAGAAGAAGAGGCGGAGAGAGUUGGAUGACGAUGGGGAAGCUCAGCGAAUCAAAGAUGGUCACGAAGAGCGCAGUGAGAGAUCAUUGCACUCGAGAAGGUCUGCCGCAACAACCUUUCCUGCUACCGCUACCUCAGUGAGAGCAAUGCGAGAUGGCGUUCAAUCUGAGACUUCCACAAGCCAUCGAAUGAGAGCGGAUCCUGUAGCGAAAACGCAGCCUGCCGCUUCCAAGCCCUUCACAGAGGAGGAAAGUGACUUGCUGUAUGAUCUUGUCGCGAUCGUGGAAGGGAAGGAAUUUGAGGACUUCGAUGCGCCUUGGGAGGAUUUCGCCGAGCAAAAUGAUAGCCACACCGCUGCCGAGUGGAAGUGUCAUUUUGUCACGCAAGUACUCCCUGACUAUUGCAAGAGAAAUGGGCUCGCCAUCUCAAAGGUUGCGCCCUUUUUGUCUCAAGAAUCUCGAGUAGGCCAUCCCGAUGUCUCGGGGGAGCUUGAGAGUCAGACGGGCGGUCGCAGAGGAUCGGAUGCGGCGUCAAGCCAAGCUGAGUUGCAAUGCGCUAUCUGCUUCAUUGACGAAGCUGGCAAGUGGCGGCAGGAUAAAGAAGGCAGAGUUCUUUGCUAUGAUUGCUACAAGCUUGUGAAGGUGCAUGGAUUCCGACGGGCCUCGAUGCUAAGAGCAGGACAGGAGAAGGAGGGGGGAGGCAAAGCCCAUGGUGCAGAGGUAGUGGGAGAAAGAGAAGGUGAAGAAGCACACACGUCUCAUAUUUCGGCUGACGACAAUCAACCUCCUACGCAAAAUGUUCCAACCCACAGACACACGACACUUUCAACUGACAUUGUCGAAGCUUCGCAAGGCGCAGAUCAAAUCAGUCCUCAACUGCGUCGCCGGACAAGAUCGCCAUCAUUUCAACCUGAUCCUCCUCCUUUCACUCGUCUACCCGAGUCUAACACCUCGAGAAAGAGAAGCGCGGGACGAAGUACACAAUCUCAAUCGACACAGCCCUCAAAUUCGUCGAAUUUAAACAGUCAGGAUACUGCCUCCAGCGCUCAAGGACGAAGUCAAGAGGGGGAGUCUCAGGCUGCGGUGGCCGCUAUGGGGGCGGAACAGUCGACAGAGAGUCAUCCUCAACCGGUCCAACCACAAGUCGGCGCCAUUGCCAAAGCCUCAAUUGUUGGGCCGUCAUACCGAACAUCCUCAGAAGACACGCAAAAGCGACAGCAUACUGAGCCAACACUUUUACCCACGCAGCGACACUCUUCAGUCAGCACUGAUGGCUGGCCGUCUGGCCAACGACCUGCACAACUGGUCAGCACCGAUUCCUGGAGAAAGAGCGAGAAACUGCCUGCGUUAAUAUCGUCGCCCACAUUGACGUCGCCGUCAGGACAGUUUGAGACACAAGUGGGUGGCACUUCAUGGCUUUUUGUUUCAGAGGCUGAAGAUGACGACAAGUCCGAUGGGGAGGAAGACGUUAGCGGUAGACUUCUUCGAGGCGCUGAUGGCAGGCAAGCCUCACCUCCUACUAAGGUGCAAUUAUUCAGCGACAAACCAGGACCCAAUGUCCAGUCGUCCUCGGAGUAUGACCUCGAUGAGACGGACGAAGAUGUCGAAGUUGACUUCGCUGACCUCGUACCGCCGAAAAAGCGGCAAAGAUCGGAAGGGUUUGAGACCGCCCAAGAAACACCGGAAAACUAUGAGACGGCACAAGAAGAACAAACCCAACAAGACACAAUUCAACGUGAAUGCAGGCAGGCAUCGUCCGACCAACUCACCAACGACGAGGUUUUCGACCUGACAGAGCUCCCUGACCCGCAAGGAGGAUUCGAAGCAUACGGCGUUGGCGCCUCAGUCAUGCCUCCAGACGAUGAAAGUAUCAAUGCUUUGGACUCUGCCGAGCAUCCCAUCACCAAAGGGGGAGACCGGGAGGAGUCACUCGAGAUCAAGAUCGAAGACGAAACCUGGCUGGAACCUCGCCAUAGGGCCAUGCUGCCACUUGAAGAUCCACAAUAUCGCUCGAAUUCCAGUGCCGAAUUAUUUGAAGAGCCUAUCGAGGGGCAAGAAGGAACAGGGGAAGCCGAGGGGCACUACAUAAAACAAGAGGAUGAAAACGAAGAGGCACAGUUGCAGAAGGAGAAGCGGAUUGCAGCACAGCGUCAGGAAGCACAACACCCAGAAGCAGAGCCUCAAGACGCACGAUGCAAAGUAGAACAAGCCCGAGAACCAGAACAAGCAGAACAAGGACGAAGUUCAACAACAUCAGUUCCAGAGCAAAAACACCCUUUGUCUACUCACGAGCACCCGAUGGACAAGUGGUUCGAAGAGCAACGCAAGUCCUACCUGACCACGCGUGGCUGCGAACAAGUGCUUCUCAAAGCUGCCGAAUCCACCACCUUCCAGUGGGAGCUCGCCAGCACCAUUGUACCCAUCAUGCUCAGUAACCGCCGGUCCCACAUUUCUCGCCUGCGUCGCCAACGUGGAGGCAAGAAGAUCUCAACGGCAGAGUUCGCAACGUUCGACUGCGACAAGUUCCUGCCUCGGGAUAUCCAAGGCGUGUGGACUGGUGAGGACGACAAAGACUUAUGCAGUAAGGACGUGGAAAGGCAGAAUCGCGUGCUGGGAAAGCACGGCCGCCGAAGCUGUGCCGCCAGAUUUGAGUUCUUGAAGGAUGCCUCUGACUAG